CACUUCGCAAACGCAUGCAUCUGCGAUUCAUUUGAAAGUCGGAUCGUCUGUGUACGCGCAUAGCGAGAUCAGAACACGCGCGUGUCUUUAGCAAACACAGCAUAGAGAUCGUGUUUGACUGUAACCAGAACAGGCUGUGAGAGGUAAUCAGCUGACCUGCAGCAUCCCUGUCCGUCUGCAGGUCUAAUAAUCGACCUGCGCUCAGCUUGUUAUGCUGCCGAGAGAGGCUUCAGGUGACGGAGAAACUACAGCGCCAUGGCGGCAGAGAUUCACCCGCGUCCGCAGACACGAAAGCCCGUCCUGUUGAGUAAAAUCGAGGGUUUCCAAGAUGUGGUGAACACGGCUGUGAUCAUCCCCAAAGAGGACGGGGUUAUAAGCGUAUCUCAAGACAGGACAAUCCGUGUGUGGUUGAAGAGGGACAGUGGUCAGUACUGGCCCAGUGUCUAUCACACAAUGCCAGUGGCGUGUUCAUGUAUGUCAUUUAACCCAGAGACAAGGAGGAUCUCUGUAGGAUUGGAAAAUGGCAGUGUGUCGGAGUUUGUCUUAUCGGAGGACUACAACCAAAUGACUCCUGCACGAACAUAUCAGGCUCAUCAGGGUGGCGUGACUGUGGUGCUGUUUGUUUUAGAGAUGGAGUGGGUUCUAAGCACAGGUCAGGACAAGAGCUUUACAUGGCACUGCUCAGAGAGCGGACAGCAGCUGGGCACAUACCGGACCACAGCAUGGGUGUCUGGACUACAAUUUGAUGUGGAGACCAGGCAUGCCUUCGUUGGAGAUCAUUCCGGUCAAGUGACAAUCCUAAAGCUGGAGCAGGACAACUGCAGCCUUGUCACCACCUUUAAAGGCCACACAGGCAAUGUCACAGCCCUCUGUUGGGAUCCUGUGCAGAGGGUUUUAUUCUCUGGUAGUUCUGAUCAUUCAAUCAUCAUGUGGGACAUUGGAGGCCGUAAAGGAACAGCCAUUGAGCUGCAGGGACACAAUGAUAAAGUGCAGGGUUUGUGUUACGCUCCUCACACGCGCCAGCUCAUUUCCUGUGGCUCGGAUGGAGGAAUAGUUAUCUGGAAUAUGGACGUCACACGACAAGAGACUCCUGAGUGGCUUGACAGUGACUCGUGUCAGAAGUGUGAACAGCCAUUCUUCUGGAAUUUUAAACAGAUGUGGGACAGUAAGAAAAUUGGCCUGCGACAGCAUCACUGUAGGAAGUGUGGCCAGGCUGUGUGUGGAAAGUGCUCCUCUAAACGUUCCACUAUUCCUCUAAUGGGAUUUGAGUUUGAGGUGCGAGUUUGUGACAGCUGUCACGACUCCAUUACAGAUGAGGAACGGGCGCCCACUGCAACAUUCCAUGACAGUAAGCACAGCAUCGUACAUAUGCAGUAUGAACCAACCAGGGGCUGGCUGCUCACCUCCGGGACAGACAAGAUCAUUAAGCUAUGGGACAUGACUCCAGUGGUAUCAUGAGAAUUCCUCUGUCGUCUGCAAGCGGGAACUACGAAUCAGUGCUGAACCUGAACUGAGAGCCAUGUGUUUGUGGAGAAUGUUCAGACUUCAGAUCACUUUCCAUGGGCAGCUUCAUUUCAUGGAGGGAAAAACUCAAGGA